GAUUGGAAGGCACCACUCUGUACUUGAGGCGGGCCGGAACAGAACCUCCUCCAUUCACAGCAUCUGCCAGCUACAGGCUCUACCCUGUUCCCACCAUCUUCCUCCAUCUACCCACUGAGUUACUGGUUGGGACUUUGGAGCUAAGCAUCAUGGGGACUCCAAAUGAUCAGGCAGUGCUGCAGGCCAUCCUCAACCCUAAUACCCCCUUUGGAGAUGUUGUUGGAUUGGACCUGGAAGAAACAGAGGAGGGAGAUGAAGAUGGAGUUUUCCCUCAAGCACAGUUGGAGCAAUCCAAGGCCCUGGAGUUGCAGGGAGUGAGGGCAGCAGAAGCUGGGGACCUCCACACAGCCCUGGAGAGGUUUGGCAAAGCCAUUAGCCUGCUACCUGAGAGAGCCUCUGCGUACAACAACCGUGCCCAAGCGAGGCGGCUCCAGGGGGAUGUAGCAGGCGCCCUAGAGGACUUGGAGCGCGCGGUGACGUUGAGCGGCGGCCGGGGUCGCGCCGCCCGCCAGAGCUUCGUGCAGCGCGGGCUGCUGGCACGAUUUCAGGGUCGGGACGACGAUGCCCGCAGAGACUUCGAGCAGGCGGCGAGACUGGGCAGCUCGUUCGCACGGCGCCAGUUGGUGCUGCUCAAUCCGUACGCCGCGCUGUGCAAUCGCAUGCUGGCCGACAUGAUGGGGCAGCUGAGCGCGCCCAGUAACGGGCGCUGAGCGCGGCUCGCUAGAUGAUGAAGGGGGGACCCUGACCCAACCAGAACCCAAUAAAACUUCCGGGACGCUC